UCUGCUAGGUUUAGGUUUAGGUUUAGGAUUUUGUUUGCUAACAAAGUUACAAAGUUGUUGAUUUUGCUUGUCAAAAAAGAAAACUGGGAUUUGCAUUUGCUUUGGUAGCUUGAACUUAUAAGUUUAUUUUGGACGUCGGUCGAUUAGUGAUUUAUUGUUAUCUUAUCAGUAAUCCUUACUUAGUAACUUUCUUUUUAAGUGUGCUAAGUUACAUAACCCGAGUGUUAAGUGUUGUAACUUAUAUCAUAAAAUAGAACCUCUUUUAAUAGCCGAAAGAAAAACAAUAGGUAUAGGCCUAAUAUGGAAACUGUCAAAACAGCCGUGGUAACUGGAAGUCAAAAAGGAAUAGGAUAUGGCAUAGUCAAAGGGUUAUGUGAGAAGUUUCCUGGGGUCGUUUACCUGACAGCAAUGGAUGUAAACAGUGGACAGGAAGCUGUGGCGAAACUCAACAAGUUGGGAUUCAAACCUGAGUUUCACCAAUUGGACAUCACCGACAAGAAAAGCAUUUCUACAUUUGCAGAGUUUAUGAAAAAGAAACAUGGUGGGAUUGAUGUGUUAGUUAACAAUGCUGGAAUAUGUUUUAGGUAUGAUGCUACCGAACCAUUCAGUGAGAUAGCUGAAGUGACUGUGAAGGUGAACUACUUUGGCCUGCUAGAUGUGUGCGAGGCUUUAUUUCCGCUGCUCCGUCCCAACGCCAGAGUGGUCAACUUGUCCAGUUUGUGUGGCCAUCUGAGUAAGAUUCCGUCGGAAACUCUCAGGAAGCGCUUCAGUGACCCGAACCUCACAGUAGAUCAGCUGAACGUACUCAUGAAGGAGUUUGUUAAGUCAGCAGCCGCAGGCACUAACAAGGACGAUGGCUGGGGCUACAUUGCCUACAAUGUGUCCAAGGUUGGUGUCUCAGCCUUAACCAUCAUCCAACAACGUCAGUUCGACACAGACUCUCGACCUGGCAUCGUGGUCAACUCUGUACAUCCCGGUUACGUUGCCACGGACAUGACCAGUUACAAGGGACCUCUCACUAUUGAACAAGGUGCAGAUGCUCCGUUGUACCUUGCCUUGCUACCAGUCUCUCCAGAUGUGCCGAAGGGACAAUACGUCUGGUGUGAUAGAAAGGUCAUCAAGUGGACAGGGGAUGAACAAUUACCUCUGCAAACUUCUGCAAAUGUAGUUCAAACUUUCAGUACAUAGUAUACGAGUUUUCAUUCCUAACUAAUUAUACAUGAUUGUAAUAUAUAUUUUAUUAAAUAUUAUGCAAGAUUAA